AUGUCUUCGAUUCUAUCAGCAGUGUUUAAAGUCACCUUUGGCUUGAUUUUAAAGAAAGGAAGAGACGUAGCGGCAGAGAAGUUGAAACAGGGUGACGUGACAGAUCAGAAAUUUCGUGGCCUGAUCGUGCGUGAAAUGGAAGAUCUCAAAACGAAGUUAGAUGGGCUAUCACGAAAGGAUCUUGGGGCAGCUCUAGAUUUCUUUGAAACAGGACUUCGGUAUUUAAAUGACGCCGUCGAUGCAACGCGUAGUGGAAAGAACACUGAGGCUGGAGUAGGGGAAACUAAAGGAAACAAACAGAUCAAAGAAGAUCAUUUCGAUGAAUUGACUUUGCCUUUAUCCCGUGAACCUCAGAAAGCUGUUCUCCUCGCCGCUGGAAUGGGAAACAUGCAAUUGACUGAGCUUGAUGAAACAGUGAAAAGUGCGCUUUCUGACGCAAAAGAGAGAUUCAAAAUGGCUCGAGAAAAAGCAACAGAUGCUUCCAACAACGAAAGCCUCAGCACGUUUGAUCGCAUUACAGCCAUACGAUAUCGUGUGAUGGCGGCAAUGUUAGAGUCAGCAUCUGAGGCUGUGAGAACCACGGAGGACUUGAACAGCACUUUCAAGAGAGCAUUACCAGAGUGUGAACAGUGCAUUCAGAAACUACACUCCCUUCCAGCUGUUCAGAACAGUUUUAAAGUCGAGACAGACAGAGGCGUCCUCAAGAUCAGGAGUCGGUUCGGUUCAGGUGAAAGGAGAAAGAUAAUCUCCGCGGUAUGCCAGGUAAAUCGUGCCAUUUACGAUGCAACACAAGCAGUCGGUAAAUACGUACAUUUCUGGAUCUGGCCAUAUAUUGAUACUGGAGAAGAUAAAGUUGACCCCCUGCGCGAUGAAAGAGUAGUGCAGGCAAUGUGCAAAAUUGAUAUGAAGUAUUGCUGUUUUACGCCAUGGUCGUUUGUUCCAAAGGGUACAAGCAAGUACAUGCUCAAUGAGCCUGUUCGUAUCGCCGGUAAUAUUGAUGGAAAAUUCCUUAUACUAGAUAAUGUGAAGUCCAAAUUUUACUUGAAGUCGUUUGACAGCAAGGGAAAGUUUUAUUCCUGUUUUGAGUUGCAACCUAAUGACCUGGAUUCAAAGUUAGAAAUAUGCGAUGUCGCUAUUGGAGACGCUGGGAAUGACAGUAAGAUCUAUGUCCUGUUUGACCAGAAAAAGGAGCCGAGACCGGCAUUUGGGGAAGUGCAAGUUUUUACCAGCAGCGGCGACCCACUGCACAAGUUUCCUGUAGAUAUGGGUAGAAGAAAAUUGUGGCGCAACGGCCUGGCAUGUAGCCGUGGAAAAGCAGUGGUGUUGAAUAAACAAUGUGCAAAUGUAUAUGAUCGGAAUGGUGAAUUUGUUUGUACCUUUGGUAAAGGAGUGUUCAAGUACGCAGCAGAUAUCACUGCCUCUUAUGAUAGUCGCCUCAUGAUAUUAGACAAACAUGACGCCUGUAUUCACAUCUUCACUGUAGAGGGACAACAGCUUUCCAAAUUUAAUAUCAACUUAAACUGUGAUUCAGUCCUUUCUCACAGUGAAUGUUGCAUUGCAUGUCACCUGGCAGAUGAACAUAUCGCCGUUGCUGAAUGUGAACAAGAAACGAAACGUCUGAGGGUAACUUUGUACACUGCAAACGGAGAAUUUGUACGCAAAAUUGAGUUGGAUAAACAAGUGUAUUCGGUUAAGCAAAUUGCGGUAAGCAGCAAUGGUCAGAUUGCUGUACAUGUACUUAGUAGGUUUUGUGACCGCGCGAACGAAGUAAUAGUCUUUUGA